AUGACUACCAAUAAAGUCCUUGUGCUUGGUGCUACCGGCCCUUCAGGCAUCAGUCUCCUCCGAGAGCUGCUCUAUCGCAAGUAUAGCACUGUUGCCUAUGUUCGCAGCCCUUCCAAAAUACCGGACGACAUUUCGUCGAAUUCUCUGCUCACUGUCAUUAAGGGAGCCAUGGAUGACAGAGAGGCUUUCACGAAAGCACUGUCUGGUGUCGAUGUUGUUCUUUCUUUACUUGGGCCGACGUUUGGCUCUCCCAUAUCCCCCUUCGAGGAUUACUACCGGGAUGUGGUAUUUCCCGCCAUGCGCGAUAACAACGUCAAGCGUAUUAUCGCCUCCUCAACCGUCUCUGCACCAGAUCCCAAGGAUUCUUUCGUCUUUCGCGUCACUUUAAUGAAACUCCUCGUUAGGGUGCUCGCCCCUGGUGCGAUACCAUCUAUUCAGGCAACCGCCAAAGUAUUCCAAGAGGAAGCGACGGACCUUGAAUGGACUUUAUUCCGCUUUCAAAACAUUGUGGGCCAGACGGAUGAAGAUAGCUGGAAAAAAGAUCGGGAGGGCGUCAUCCACGCUGGAUAUCUUGGUGACUCCAAAAUCGCUGGUUGGAGCAAUCGCAAUGCGAUUGCACGAUGGGUGGUUGAUCUUACUGAGAACGGACAGAGUGAAUGGGAUAAACAGAUGCCUGCUGUGGGCCAAACCAGUGGGUGA